AUGGACGCCGAGAAAGCGAUCCUCAAAUCGACCGCAAUUGAGGUAGUUGUAGCCCAAGACACUACCUCUGAGCUCGCUGAAGUCUUUGCAGCGACAUCAGAUACACGGUCUUCAGAGACUUCCGGCUUGAUCAAUAUCAAACGCCGAGAUCUUGUCUUCAUAGACGAGCGCUUACGAGUCUUGGUGCUGUUAUCCGUCCCACCAUGUGAUGAAGAUGUGCUGAAAGCGAUCUUGUCUAAGGCGAACAUCAGGGUCGAGGCGUGGGCUCAGGAUGUUGCCGCCUCAAAUGGCUCCACGGCAGACGCCGUUAGGGACAUGAUCUCCUCCAUCACUCUUGAUCUGACCGAGGAGCCCAUCGUUGUGGCUCAGGAGACCGGGCACAGCCAACGGACAUCGUUGGUAUUGGCUUGGCCUGCUUCGAUCACGCUCGCCAGACCGCGGGUCCGCAUGAUGGAUCCAGCCGUCUCGUUCUACUCCGUGCUAACCGUCACGUACCCUGAUGAUUCGAGCGCUCGGAACAGGCUGCUUCAACCUUUCGAAGCCAUCGAGAAGAAUGUGUUCGACACUUUGCGGCUGCCACCCGGACAAGGCGCUCAGCCAUACUUACCAGCUUCGGCUUUGACCAAAAUCGUACCUGAACAGACGCCCGCACCACAGCAAUCCAGAAUCGAGCACAUGUCUGCCAGAAUGCGCCUCGUGCCUGUCGUGGGUAGCAGGAUGACUUACCACAGGUCCGAUCAAUGCAUCAUUGGAGCUCUGAACAUCGAAGUGAUCCCUUACGUCGAACUCGAAGCAGAAAUCAACAACAUUCAAGUGUCCAUUGCACACGGAACAGUCGAGGAUCUCACAAAAGACCUCCUUUCCAUCAAAUGCAGGUCUCGAGACAUAUCAACUUUCCUAUACCGACUUCGGCAAGCUCCGAGAACCGACACCAAUCCCGCCACCGGAAACACAACGCAGCUCUCCAACCUCGACGUCCUCACCAUCCGCCUCGAGCUCUCCAUCACCGUCUCCAAACUCUGCCAACCUCGGGUCCAAAUGGACUACACCACCAAUAUCGACUUCUUCCAAGCCCUCAACCCAACAUACGGCGGGCCUAACCAGCCGAUGCAGCGUCCUCACCGGCCAGCGAGCCUCCCACUGAACAACACGAACAAUCAGCAGAGCACUGGCCACAGUCAAGGCCAGACUCAGCCCACCGCCCUCAACACAACCCUUCAACCAACCCUAAACCUCUCCACCUUCACCGGCGUCUCCAUCUCCUCAACCGCGCCCACAGACCCAGUCAAAGUUGGCAUUCCCUUCACCUGGCGGUUGCUGGUAAACAAUCAGUCCACCCGCGCCGCCAAGCUGGCCAUCUAUCCGCUACCACGGAUCUCCAAGAGCCACUCCGCCCAAGCUGCGAGCAUCGCGUCCGUCAAACGCCACACUUCCCGCCUCUCCAUAACCUCCGGUCGAUCUCGCGACAAGCAACACACCCUCAACAACCCCGACUCCUCCGAACAGAACAACAUCGCCCAAGCCGUCGUAGACGAGAACAUACUCUACGCUCUUCAACACUCUCACCACAGCCCGCAGAAUCAAGGCGACAUCAUCGCCCUCACUCCUGAGCUCCGCGUCAGUGGUCUAGGACCAGGGCAGUGUCACGAAGGAGAGAUCGAAUUUGUUGCACUCAAAGCCGGGACCUUUCAGGUCGAUGCGAUUCGGGUGGUGGAUGUGGUCAGGGAGGCGGAAGAGGGGAUUAGCGCGCCGGGGGUCAUGGUCGAUUUGGGGGAGUUGCCUGAUAUUGUUGCUGUGGAGUGA